AUGUACGUACCUGCUCUUGUUACGAAACAUGAUUCGUUGCUCUGUCGGGUGCCAGGGAGCGCCGUUCUCGUCGUGGCAACGCGCGCGAACCCCUUUGCUGACAACAGCAAGAGAGCAUCUACCCUAGAAAGCCUAGAAGAACAAUCAAGACGCACCUGGAGCGAAAAAAGGAGGUACGUGUCAUCGCUUCUCCGUACAGUAGCCUCUGUGGCGCUUCCAGGGUCUCGCUUUCUCAAACAUUGUUCGUCCUGCAUCUCAACAAUACUUCUAUGUUCACAGCAAUGGCUGACCGCCGAGACUAUCAAGAACCGUCAACGGGCAUUCCAGGGAGGGGGUUCAAACGCUAAUUCUUCGUCGGAGCGCCCACCGUCGCCUCCGCCCUCGCUUUGGCUAUGCAGAUUCAUCUCGAUCUGCGGCCGCAGCUCGGACGGCCUGGCGUCGCUCAAGAAGAAGAUCUACGACGUCAUUAUGGAGCCAGGCACGGACAACUUCGCGUUCCCGCACCUCCGUCAACAUGUCCCAAACUCUUGGAGGAGGGUGUGGGCCGUCAUGAGUGCACUCCACGUCGGGGUAGGCCUAAAGCAGGCCGUGCGGCUAGAAGGCCCCAUCGUUCCGCUUGAAGGGGGCGAAAAUUCGAGCCUCUGGAAGUUCAAAAAGCAAAACGAGGCUUCACAGCUCUUGCAGGUGUACAUUGAGGCACACGAUUCCCUGAGUGACACGGAAAUUAUGGAGCAGCAGCUGGAUGAACUCCAGCUCUCGGACGAGCAGCGAAACGUAAUCGACGCUCUUAUCAAGGAGCAGGUCAAGAUCAAAGUAGAAGAAGCAGCAGCAGCAGAGCACCCCGCAACACAGAGCGAGGGCAUGUCUUCCGAAGGAGGCGACACCCAGCUGGAGAGGCCGGCUGGCUCGGAGUCAAGCCCGCGACCCGAAGACCAGCCCCGAUCGCCGGCGGACGUCAGCCUCAUCCACACCCUCGCGCGGGCCUUGCAGAGGGUCAAGAUAAAACCGGAUGAUGAAUACAGCGAAGUCCCAACCCCUAAAGAAUCAAUACGUAUUAGCGCAGGUAUCGCAUUCCCUGCAUUCACCGGGAAGUUUAGCUCCGAGGACGAUGUACAGACGGCGGUAAUGGUUUUUACCAGUCAAUUUCGAUCUUUGUUGGAGCAGGAGCGUUGCCUUGGGGCAAUAGAAUCGAAGAAAACGAUUCGCGUAGGGAACACGGAUGCGAAUAUCUCGGCGUUGAAGGUGGAACAUGGGACGGAAGCUGUAGAUCGUGCGGUUAAGGCUUGGCAGCUUAUUAUAUCCAAGAUACAAGUACCGACAAUAGUCCCUGCAAUCCUAGCAAGUGGUUGUCCCACUGAAUCGUGGGAUCAAUUUCUCAACUUUUACCGAGUGUACGCAGAAAGGGACAAGUUGGAGUUGCAGGGGCAAUUGUACACGUUGAAGCAGCAAGUAGGGGAGGAGCCCCGGCGCUAUCUCACAAGAGCAUCAGCACCUCGCCAGAAACUAGAAGCGUACGGUUGGGUGCAAUCCGAUCAUGAUGCUAACGUCCACUAUGUGCGCAACCUUAUGCCCGAUUUCAAUGUUCAGAGGAGCGUGUUGUUGGCGCAUUCGGAGGUCAAGACGGAAUUGGUAGAGAAGGUGAUACUGACCACCUGGGCGGAGACGGAGGCCGCUAGGAAGAGGGCGUCGGAGAGCGUGGGGGCGUAUGCCCUCGUCACUGGCGGUGAUAACCGUGGUGGCGGGGGGGGGAACAUGGGGGAUAGGGGGAAGACGAGAGGACAAUGGAGGACGGCAGCGCGGCAACAGCAGCAACAACCGAAGCAGCCACAGCAGCAGCAUCAGCCCGGGGUUGGGGAGGUCCCUCGGGCGGCCAAGGUGCGAGCCACGGCGGAAGGCACGGGCCCCAGCAUGGGCGCCGGGGUUUUUCUGGAGGAGGACGUCAUCAGCAGCAGCCGGCAGGAGGAAGGUUAG